GUGCUGUGCUGUUAACACGUGGUGGUUCUAGUGGUUGUAUUAGUGCCUGAGUUUGAGUGGCGCUGUGUGCGACUACUACUGCUGCUGCGGCUGUUACUGCUGAGUCUCCGUCGUGUGUGAUUGGGGGAUUAGCUUGCAGAAGUGUGCCAUCGAUCACAGACGCGCGGCAGCGACAAUAAAGGAGUAAACUACAAGAAGCAAAUUGCAGAAAACGCCUUUAAUCCCCUGUCUAGUGAACGAGAGAAAGUCUGAGCACUGUGUUCAAGGCAGGUGACGCUGCCCAUGCAUUUGACGCCCGCUGAGUGAGGAAAGGCGGUGGGGAACUCCCUAAGAUUCGUGUUUCAAGUUAAUGGAACGAUCGGUCGGCAGUGAGGGUCUUGCGAAGCGGCACUACGAGGCGUGGCAUAAAGGGUGUCGUGGAAGGCGUAUAGACGGUGUUAUUUGUGUUGUUUGGCGAGUGCCUGCUAUCCGCCAAGGUGGCGAACGUGGUAGUGAUCCGCAGUAUGGGCGAAAUAUCAAUCACGGAGGACAUGGAGGGCAGCAACGAACCUCUGUCCGGCCCUGAGGUGCAGUGUGAGGUGUCUGUCGCCCAGCCAGUGAUGACUGAGGAUGGUGCCACCCAAGAACGCCUCAGUCCGGAGUGCAGCGGAGCAGUGCCAUUUGACAGCACCUUGGCACCACCUCGAGACCUGAAGAGGAGCUGCAGCGUCAUCCUCAGCAGCUCUCUGCCUUCCAAGAGCCCAACGGAGUGGCCGAGAGGAGGCGUCCUCGUGCCCAGAAGACGUGUCAAGUCGAGUUGUGACACGGAUCCCCCGUCCAACCUUCUUUCGUCCCCCACCUCUAUGCCGCACCCCGAGCACUCCGCCCCUCUGUUCCCCCAUAGGCCCCAUAACCCACGACUGCGGGACAUCUUCGCUCCUCCCCUCAGCCAUGUCCCUCAAGACCUAUCGAGAAAGCGCCCCGCCUCCGAUUACCCUAUCGAGCUGCAGGUCCAUCUUCGGCAACAGGUUGGCGUUGAAGGCGCGGGUGGGCGGAUGGAGUGGGUGGAGAUGCGGUGCAGGGAGGGGAAGAGACCAAACCGCGCCGGGGAGAGGGUCAGGAUGAAGGAUGGAGGCGAAGGACGCAACAAAGGAGGGAAGUCUGUGGACAAGAUCAAGGAAGAACUCGAGGAGGAAUAUGCGAAUCCUGCACGGCCUUCAGAUGUUCUUCAGCAUCGAAUUAUGGUUGCUGAGACAGUGAAGUCUUGCCCGGUCAACUACCCGGCACUGAUCCCACUCACCCCACCUGUGACUGGCCUGGGCGGAUACAACUCUCCCUCGCUCCUGCACUCCAGCUACCCUGCGUCUCAGCUCAUGGAUCAGAAGCCGAGCCAGCAGCAGGGCCAGAAUACCUCUAUGACCGGCCCCCAGGAUACCCCUGUUGGUCUGGGUGCCCCUGGUCUCAAUCUACCCUCCACCCUGGAGAUCGCCGCGCUACGCAAGAAGGACAUGUUUACGCAGCGCAAGCAGCGCGAGUUCAUCCCGGAUAGCAAGAAGGAUGAGUCCUACUGGGAUCGACGACGCCGCAACAACGAGGCUGCCAAGCGGUCCCGGGAGAAGAGGCGAUUCAACGACAUGAUCCUGGAGCAGCGGGUGAUCGAAUUGUCCAAGGAAAAUCACGUGCUCAAGGCGCAGCUUACUGCAAUCAAGGAUAAGUACGGCAUUCUGGGCGAGAGUUUGGUAAACUUGGAUCAGGUCCUGUCCAGCAUGCCCCAGUCUGACCAGAUCCUCGCCGUUAACAAGCGGACUAAAUUCUCCCAGGCGCUGCUUGCCCUGGGCAGUCCCCCGUCCGUCACUUCAUUGCUCAGCCCCUCCGGGGAAUCCAAGAAAAGCAGUGGCGGCAGUGUCUGUGAGUCACCCUACCCGCAUGACGAACCGACGUCCCCGCAAAGCUACGCCCACUAUCCGUCUCACGGAGCCUCCCAGAUGGACGACUUUCAUGACCAGUCCAGCUAUGGCACCUCCCCGCCGGCUCAUCACCAGCAGUAUCCUCCAGCCUCCACCAGCGACCUCUAUUAUAACAGCUCGUCCGCGCUCAAUCUCUCAGCCCACCCUACCUCUGCAUCCCCACCCACUUCCCACUCGCCGCCCUCGCCCGCCGUCUCACGCAUGGACUACUCCCCUAGCGAUCCUGAGCUGUGCCGCAGGUCCCCCGAGUGCGGCAUGUCGCUGCCACACAAGCUGCGUCACAAGAGUCAUCUCGGCGACAAGGACGCUGCCGCCCACUCCCUUCUUGCCCUCCAAGCCAUCAAGUCUGAGCCCAAUGACCACCAGCAGGACCCCGCUGAGGACUCCGUAGGAUCCUCAGAUGAGCGGGAUUCUGGUAUCAGCUACUCCUCCACCUCAUCCUCCUGCUCCGAUUACCACCGCCCGUCGGAGAACCCAUCGGGCUCACCUUCAGGUUGCACCAUUAUCGAUAGCAGUAGUUACAGAAGUCAUCAGCACCAGCACCACCACAUACAGCACCAACAGCGGCAACACCACCAACAGCAGCAGCACAUGAGCGCUUAUCCACCCCAGCAGCAACAGCAGCAGCAGCACGCACUGGACGGCGAGAGUUCCUCAGAGUACGAGAAUACCCACCUCAAGUCGGAACUGGAGCGGCUGGCGACGGAAGUUGCCUCUCUCAAGUACAUGUUGGUGCACCGACCGCGCUCCGAGACUGACUCGGACGGGUCUCGCUAAGCAUGUGCGUGUGUAUGCGUGUAUGUGUGCGUGUGUGUCUUGUCCGUGGUGGCUGUGACAUGGGCGUGUGUUCAAGUUCUCGGACUAAAGUGUGCGCGCCUGUGUGUGCCUAGUUGUGGGCGUGGGAGGAAGGGCGGCUUGACAUUCACGCCCCCGCCCUCCAGGACAAACUUGCCCAACCAGCGUUUUCCUACACCUGUUCACCUGAACUGUACGUUUAAUUAUUCAUAAUAUUAUUGUAUCGCUUUUAAGAUGACAAUACCCAAUGUAUUUUCUCUUAAAACAUCAACACAUACUUGUACAUACUGUGCCAUUAGAUUAUACAUGUUUACAAGCCCUCGUA